CAGUUGCCCAUGUGAGGUUUUUAAUAAGGUGGAUGCAGGAGUUGGUCUUGCUCUCUUCUGGGUGACGCGGAUUGGAAGGGGUUCUCCUUAGUUAAAUACAUAUAUUUUUUAACCCCUCUACAUUUAAUUUCUGAAACUGUGAAUUAAAUUAGUUUAUCUCAGAGAGGAGCCAUGAAGUGGACCUGGGUGGUUGUGGCGGUCUUGCUCUCCUUUUGUGGGCUAUCACUGGGCAAGGAGAGCUUGGACUUCCCCGAGUAUGAUGGCAAGGACCGUGUCCACGACCUCAACGCCAAGAACUAUAAGUCUGUGAUGAAGAAGUAUGAUGCCAUGGUGGUUUACUACCAUGACCAUCCCGGAUCCAGCCGCGUCGCCCAGAGACAGUUUGAGAUUGAGGAGUUGGCCCUCGAGCUUGUAGCCCAGGUCCUGGAUGAGUUUGAAGAUGAAGAUGUUGGCGUCGGCCUCCUUGAUGCAAAGCAAGACAAGGACGUAGCAAAGAAAUUAGGACUUGAUGAGUCCGACAGCAUCUUCAUCUUCAUAGAGGAUGAAGUCAUAGAAUAUGAUGGCGAGCUUGCAGCAGACACUCUUGUGGAGUUCAUCUAUGAUGUUCUUGAGGACCCAGUGGAAAUUAUUGACAAUAGUAGGGAACUGAAAGGCUUCGAAAACAUCGAAGAGGACAUCAAAUUGGUGGGCUACUUUAAGAGUCACAAGUCAGAACAUUUUGAGGCAUUUGCCGAUGCUGCUGAAGAAUUCCAUCCUCAUAUCAAGUUCUUCGCCACCUUCAAUCCCAAGGUUGCCAAGGCCUUGGAACUUAAGCCUAAUGAGGUAGACUUCUACGAGCCCUUCAUUGACGACCCAGUGGUUAUCCCAGGAAAACCUUACACUGAGGAAGAACUGGUGGACUUCAUUGAAGAUAAUGACAGACCAACCCUGAGGAAGCUGCAACCACACAACAUGUACGAGAUCUGGGAGGAUGAUGUUGAUGGUGAACAUAUCAUUGCUUUUGCAGAGGAAUCUGACCCAGAUGGUUAUGAGUUCCUUGAGAUCCUGAAGAAAGUUGCUGAAGAUAACACUGAAAACCCCGACCUCAGCAUUGUCUGGAUUGACCCUGAUGACUUCCCUCUGCUUCUGCCCCAUUGGGAGAAGACCUUUGGAAUUGACCUGUCCCACCCACAGAUUGGUGUCGUUGAUGCUGACGAUGCUGACAGUGUUUGGUUGGACAUGGAUGAUGGUGAGGACAUGCCUUCAGUAGAUGAACUGGAGGACUGGAUUGAGGAUGCUCUGUCAGGAGAAAUUGACCCUGAUGAUGAUGAUGAUGACGACGAUGACGACGAUGAUGACGACGAUGAUGACGACGACGAUGAUGACGAUGACGACGACGACGACGACGAUGACGACGACGAUGAUGACGAUGAUGAUGAUGACGACGACGAUGAUGAUGACGACGACGACGAUGAUGACGACGACGACGAUGAUGAUGAUGAUGACGACGAUGAUGAUGAUGAUGACGACGACGACGACGACGAUGACGAUGAUGAUGAUGACGAUGAUGACGACGAUGACGACGAUGAUGACGAUGAUGACGACGACGAUGAUGAUGAUGACGACGAUGAUGAUGAUGAUGACGAUGACUGGUAAAUCAUCAAGUAAUAAUAUAUUCUUCUGACCAAUGCAGUUUCAAGUCAACAUCAUCAAGUCAGAUCAUCCCAUUUUGUAUCUAGUUCUUAUUUUGAACAUGUCAGUUCAUUUUGAUAUCUCAUCUUUUCAUCAUCCUCUCUCUUCAUCUAAUAAGAACAAUAUUCCAUUACUUGUUCAUCUCUCUCCCCUACAUAUUGAGAACUCUCCAUGUAACAAAGUACUUUGUAAGAACCUGCAGUGCCUUUAUUCCCACAUGUAACACUGUCUGGUACAAUAAAAGAAGAAAUUCUUUCAAAACCUUUCCAUCUUCAGCUAUUGAUUUUCAUAUUAUUAAAGUUUUAUUUUCCAAAGUACUGUUGCAUUGUUGUAUGCAUUAUGUCUGAGUUCAUCUUUGGAGUGUGUUGCAGAUUGAAUGUGUUUUAUUUGUCCAGUUUUUCCUGUUUGCCCCAGUAUUAAAAAUAACUGAAGUCUAACCCGAAGGUGCUAGCAGGCUUUUCUGACAGUUCUGAAGUAUCACAAGCCUACUCUGUGAAACACUGUAACACUGUACACUGAAAGUGCUGCACAUCAUAUGGAUGUUUUCUACAAUGACAAAAUAUGACUACAGCCUAAUUUUAUUUUUGUAACAAGAGAAAUUUAAUUUACUGUAAAGUCUUAAAUAAAUGACAGCUUGGA